AUGAUCAACGCUGACGGUGAGAACGUGGACCUUUACAUCCCGAGAAAGUGCUCUUGGACCAACCGCCUGAUCACGGCCACGGAUAAGGCCUCGGUGCAGCUCAACGUGGGGCACCUCGACGCGAACGGGGUGUACAGCGGACAGUACACCACGCUGGCGCUCGCCGGCUACGUGCGCUCGAAGGGUGAAUCGGACUCCGCCAUUGACCUUCUCUGGCAAAAGAAGAAGGCGGCCAUCAACCAAGCGUAA